AUGGAAGGAGAUCCUCAAGACUCACCACAAAGUGAUGCUGCUCAACAACAAAGACAGCCGCCUGUAAAGAAAGUUAUAGCUACCAAGGUUACCGGUACUGUUAAAUGGUUCAAUGUCAAAAGCGGCUAUGGUUUUAUUAAUCGGGACAACACUAAAGAUGAUGUGUUUGUGCAUCAGAGUGCUUUAAUCAAAAAUAAUCCCAAAAAAAGGGUACGCUCCGUUGGCGAUGGCGAAAUUGUCGAAUUCGAUGUUGUCUUCGGCGAAAAGGGCAAUGAGGCUGCAAAUGUAACCGGCCUCUUCGGCAAACCUGUACAUAGUAGCCAAUUUGCUGCCGAUAAACAGCGUCGUAAUAGCAAUAUACUAUGGCAAUGGUCAAG